AUGGCUCAUAGGAAGUUGCAACAGGAGGUAGAUAAAAUUUUCAAGAAGAUCAAUGAAGGUCUUGAAAUUUUUGACACUUAUUAUGAAAGACGAGAGAAUUGUACAAAUAAUCCAUCGCAGAAAGAAAAAUUAGAAUCUGAUCUUAAAAGAGAAGUCAAGAAGUUACAGAGGCUAAGAGAACAAAUAAAGUCAUGGCAAAGUUCUCCAGAUAUAAAGGAUAAAGAUUCUCUUCUUGAUUACAGAAGAUCGGUAGAAAUAGCGAUGGAAAAAUAUAAGGCUGUGGAGAAAGCUUCGAAAGAGAAGGCAUAUUCGAACAAUAGUUUAAAAAAAUCAGAUAAUCUGGAUCCAGAAGAAUUAGAACGAAGGGAGGUCUCCGAUUAUCUGUCGCAACAAAUUGAUGAGUUAGAAAGACAACAUGAAAUUUUACAGACGGAAGUAGACAAACUUCUUCUUCUUCAGAAAAAGAAGAAGACAGCAACCACCCCUAAUGCUGAAAAGAAAGAGGCACUAAAAGCAUUUCAGAAUAGAUACAGGUGGCAUCAACAACAAAUGGAAUUAGCUCUUCGACUGCUUGCUAAUGAAGAAUUAGACCCACAGGAUGUCAUUGAUAUAAAGGAUGAUAUCAAUUAUUUUGUUGAAUCGAAUCAAGAUCCAGACUUUUUGGAAGACGAAUCUAUAUAUGAUAAUCUAAACCUACAAUCAAAUGAAGCCAUAGCACAUGAAGUUGCUCAAUCUUUUGCUGCACAAAGAGCGGAUGAACGAGAUACUGAGGAGGAUUCAUUCAGUAAGGAUGCGGGGGGCAUUUCAAAGAAAGAUCAAAGAAAGUUAGAAAGAGAGGCAAGAAAGGCUGCAAGAGAGGCUGCAAAAGAGCCAUCUACAAGCACCCAAAGUGGAGAGGAAUCGGAACAAAGUUCAAGUGUACGAAAUGGAAAUGAUAAUGUAGUAACGAUAGAACGUGUUCCAUCCAAUGCAAAGAGUAAUUCUACAUCUCCUUCACCCUCAUUAGAUAAUUUUAACUCGCCGGAGCUUUCGCCUGCUAAUAUAACUGCACCAAGUACAGCUAAAAGCUCAGGUACUCCUAAGUUACCAUAUUUAAAAACCACUCCAUUGGCUGCCACAAAACCAAAUACUCCAGCGUCUGACGGUCAAAGGCACCAACAUAUUCAAAUACAUAAUGGCGUAACCACAACAACCACACUCAAACCUGCAACUAUUCCAAUUAGACCAGCAGGUGAAUUAAAAUGGGCAGCUGCGGCAUCUCAAGCAAUGGAAAAGACCAAGAAACCAUCAUUACCAUCAUUAUCUCCAGUUCCUACCACACCAACUCAAGCAACUUCAAAAUUGGGACAAACACUAAAACCUAACUCAUCGACACCUGUAUUAUCGAAUAACAUUUUUAAUCAACCGGUGAAGAAGACUGGAAUGGUUUCAUCUCUCAUCAACACUUCAGAUACAGCUAUUAAUCAGUUAAGUGAACCAAGUGAUGAUGUAGUAGUUGAUAAUUCAGAUCUAAAACAACUGGACAAUCAGAAUCAAUCAACGUUAAGUAAGAAUGGAUAUUUCAUCUAUGAUGACUACGUCUCUGAUGUCUCUGAUGAUGAAAUAUCAGUAGACAAACAAUUUAAACUGCCAUCUACACAAACUUUGAUAGAGAGAGAGAACAAAAUAAAUGAAAUUAAAACAAAAUACGCUCAACAUUACGAGCUUAUAACUCUUCCAAAUGGUAUCCAACAGUAUAUUUUAGGAAGAAUAUUACAUGAUAAUAAUCUUAAUGUUUUAAAUGGAAAAUUGGGUGGUUAUCGAAAAUCAUUAGACACCAUUUCUAUUCCAAGAUUAGAUUCGGUACCUAUUGGCGUCAAUCCUCCAACUCCAUUGGAUGCAUUUAAGAGUACCCAUCAGUGGGAUAUGGUACGUACUUCAUUAAGCGGAAGUCUCUCAUCUGAGGGGUCAGUUUUAUUAAUGGAUUCAAUUUUAGAGAAGUUUAGGAAUUUGGAUAGUUUUACACUUUUCUAUAAUUUUUAUUUUUCGGUUACUUCAAUGGAAAGGGAUAUUGCUGCUAAGAUUCUAGUUGAAAGAAAUUGGAUACAAUUAAGUAAUGGAGUUAUGUGGUUUCUAAGACAAGGUAAUAUUAAAUUUGCAAAUGAGAAUAGCGAAGUAGCUGAUUACAAAAUUUUUAAAGCAGAUGACUGGACCGUUGUUGAAAAGUUAAACUUUAAAUUAGAUUACGACUCUAUAAUGGACCCUGUUCCUAAAACAGUAUUGAAUGAAAGCGUAAACUCCGAAAAUAAUAACGAUGCCGAUAGUUUAAGUCACGGCAAGCAACUACUACAACAAUUAAAUCGCGGCAAAAUCGCCACAUAA